ACUGCGCUUAUCCAAAACCCCACUCACACGCACACUCCCCCCCUACUUCAAAGUUCGGGCUCAACAGUCACAAAGCUCAACAGCAAUGGCUUUGCUUCGUUAUCCUUGUUUCCUCACAGAACAAGUCCAUCUAACGCCUCUACUUUCUCUGCAAAACCCACAACAUCUCUCCAAGCACACACCAACCACUCUCUCUCUUUCUGGGUCUCUUUCCUCACUCUCUCUUUCUCUCCCGCACAACCACACUCGCUCAUCUUCCAUAACUCGGACCAAAAGGCUGGGCAACUUCGUUUUACAAUUCUCCUCUACUGCUCAAGAACAAGCUCUUGAUGAAAGCCCAGUGCUGGAGGCAGAGCCCGAAGAGUUCUCUGAUACAAGAUUGCUUGCCCAAAAUGUGCCUUGGACUUGUACUCCAGAAGACAUUCGUACUCUGUUCGAGAAGUACGGCACCGUCGUUGACGUUGAGCUUGCCAUGUAUAACAAGACCAGAAACAGGGGUUUGGCAUUUGUAACAAUGGGUUCACCGGAGGAGGCUCUUGCGGCUCUCAACAAUCUCGAAUCUUCUGAAAUGGAGGGUCGUAUUAUAAAGAUGGCUUAUGCCAAGCCGAAAAAGACAAAGAUUCCCCCUCCUUCUUCGCAACCCAAGCCAGUAACUUUCAAUUUGUAUGUGGAAAAUUUGCCAUACGAAGCAAGGUCUAAAGAUCUGAAGGAGCUUUUUAAUUCAGAGGAUUGUAGUGUUGUUACCGCGGAAGUUGUAUUCCAAGGUAAUCCGAGAAGGUCCGCAGGAUAUGGAUUUGUGGGCUUCAAAUCCAAGAAAGAGGCUGAGGCAGCCCUUUCUGCUUUCCAUGGGAAGUUGCUUAUGGGAAGACGAAUUCGUGUGGCACGUGGUAAACAAUUUGUUAAAGUACCAAAAGAAGAGAGUUCACAGUUGGGUGAUGAAUCUACUGAAUUGAAUUCUACUGUCGAGCAAGUGAACACAGAUGUCAAUGAUACAAAGUGAAUGUAGGGCACAGUGAAAUUUCUGUGUUUUCUUCACAUCAUGUUUGUCUAGGAACAUUUGUGUAUGCUCACUUCGACUUUCCUUUCCAUGCACACUUGGUGAGAUUCUCACCUUCUUUUGAGGGGCUAAUAUUUAGGGGCAUUCCAUGACUUUGGUACUUGUACAAGGUUGCUGGGGUUCUAGAGGCUGGUUAUGUACGUAGGCUACAAGUUUGGAUAAAUUGAGCUAAAUGUAUUACAAAUUUAUUUCAAUGUCUUGACUAUGAUACAAUAUGAAAGUGCUUGCAUGCAAAUGGAAAAUUAAAAUCACAAAAAAAAAAAAAA